AUGAAACCUGAAACUGCCGAUGAAUCAAGUAGACAUCAUCCAUGGUGGAAGAGCAUAUACUUUAUCUACGACAUUGUGAUGCACAUCCUUUUGCUAGCCUUCAAUGUUGCAGCGUUCUUGUAUGUGAGACAUGAGAAAAUCCCCAUAUCUGGAGAUACAACUGAUAAGCUCAAGGCCUUAGGUAAUUUCUACUUCGCCGCAGGCAUCGUGGGUAUCAUUUCAUGGGUCAUCAUCCUCAUAUACUUUCCGGAAAUGCACUUCAGAGGAGGCACCAUUGAUCGCAUUAGCCAUAUCCUAGACCCAUCGCUCUUCGCUCUUACACCAUCAAGCAUUCUUGUUCUUACUCGACUCUGCUUUCUCAGGUUAAGCAUCGUGAGGACAGCAUCACGAUUCAACAUCUUCAUUCUCUUCUGCACAAACAUGAAUCAAACCCGAGAAUCAUCAUUCUCGCAAUUCUUCCAGCUGUUUGGAGCUUCGGAGAUCAAAGAAUGUGCGACUCGGUUCAUGGUUACGUUGGGAAGAGAGGGUUUGUUCCAUGUGACAUCCGUGUGA